GAAAAUGAAAGACCAGGAAAGAAGUUGUCCGCCUGAACUGAUUGUUCAAUCAAGUUUGUGAUUAGUUUAUGUGUCAUAAGGAGCAUUCACAGGCCACCCUAUCUAAACAGUAAACAAGACUGAAGUGAAAGGAACCAGGAAUCAAAAUUCAUAAAUGGAAUAUUUUUAAAAGCAAUCUCCCAGUUCGGGCCUACGCAAGCCUAAUCCAUACGAUUUUCUCCUUGAUUAUUGAUCAAACUUAUAUCGGUUAAAGUUCAACAGAGGGAAUAGGUGGUGUGAAAAUGGCCUCUUCCACAUGUGAUCUGGUAGUAAAAUAUGAGGUUUUGAAAGCACAAAAUGCUCUUGAGGAAAAAGCUAGAAAUGAGUGGGGAUUUAAGUGGAGCUUUUACUUGGAUUUUGACAAAAUUCUCCUGAAAAAGGCUGCUGAACGGGGUCUAUCAGAGGCAGAAUACAAAAAGAGAACAGUCCUAAGGAAACCAAAAGGUAGUGUAGAACCAAAUAUUUGGAAAGUGGAACCUGCAAAAUUUAUGCCAGAUACAACAAUAGGAAUGGUUGGUUGGAGAGCCCAAGAAGAGUAUUCCCUUGAAAAAUUUGGUCGAAUGUAUAUUAGUCCCAAAUACACUCUUCCCUACGAGCCACCACUCAAUUCAAUUUUUCUGGGAUAA